GACAGCCGCGAAGAGCCGGAGCCCCGCGCCCCCCAGCAGCGGCCGGGCCCCGCGGGGCGGCCUGGGGCCAUGUACCAGAGCCUGGCCAUGUCCAACCACGGGCCCCCGCCCGGCGCCUACGAGGCGGGCGGCGCGGGCGCCUUCGUGCACGGCGCGGCCGCCGCAUCCCCGCCCGUGUACGUGCCCACGCCGCGGGUGCCGUCGUCCGUGCUCGGCCUGUCCUACCUGCCGGCCGGCGGCGGCGCGGGCGCGGCGGGUGGCGGCGCAGGGGCAGCCCCGGCGAGCGCGGGGCCCGGGGCGCAGCAGGGCAGCCCGGGCUGGGGCCAGGCGGGCGCCGAAGGCGCGGCCUACACGCCUCCGCCGGUGUCCCCGCGCUUCUCCUUCCCGGCCACGUCGGGCUCGCUGGCCGCGGCCGCGGCGGCCGCUGCGGCCCGGGAGGCGGCGGCCUACGGCGGCGGCGGCGCGGCAGCGGGCGCGGGGCUGGCGGGCCGCGAGCAGUACGGACGCGCGGGCUUCGCAGGGUCCUACUCCGGGCCCUACCCCGCCUACGUGGCCGACGUGGGCGCUUCCUGGGCCGCCGCCGCCGCUGCCUCGGCCGGCCCCUUCGACGGCCCAGUGUUGCACAGCCUGCCCGGCCGCGCCAACCCCGCUGGCCGGCACCCCAACCUAGUAGAUAUGUUCGACGAUUUCUCCGAAGGCAGAGAAUGUGUCAACUGCGGCGCCAUGUCCACCCCGCUGUGGCGGCGGGAUGGAACCGGCCACUACCUGUGCAACGCCUGUGGCCUCUAUCACAAGAUGAACGGGAUCAACCGGCCCCUCAUCAAGCCGCAGCGUCGCCUGUCUGCCUCCCGCCGUGUGGGCCUGUCCUGCGCCAACUGCCAGACAACCACCACUACCCUGUGGCGCCGCAACGCUGAGGGCGAGCCCGUGUGCAAUGCAUGCGGUCUCUACAUGAAGCUCCAUGGCGUGCCCCGGCCUCUUGCCAUGCGGAAGGAGGGGAUCCAGACCAGGAAACGGAAGCCCAAGAACCUCAACAAGUCCAAGACGCCGGCAGGUCCCUCCAGUGCCGAGAGCCUGCCCCCCGCCAGCUCAGCGCCCAGCACUGCCAGCAGCGGGGCGGCCAGUGGCAGUGAGGAGCUGCGCCCCAUCAAGACAGAGCCCGGGCUGGCGGCCCACUAUGGGCCUAGCAGCUCCAUCUCCCAGAGCUUCUCCGUGAGCGCCAUGUCUGCCCACGGACCCCCCCUGCACCCCGCCCUCUCGGCCCUGAAGCUCUCCCCGCAAGGCUACACGUCCUCGGUCAGCCAGUCCCCGCAGGCCGGCUCCAAGCAGGACCCUUGGAACAGCCUGGCCCUGACCGACAGCCACGGGGACAUCAUCACGGCCUAAGGCCCCCUCCUGAUGCCCGCGCCGAGUGGACGGGCCGGGGGUCCGGCCUGCUCCGCCUGCAGCGACUCCACAACUGGGAAGAAACUUGAAGUCACCUGGCGGGGGUGCGGCGCCGGCUCUGAGCACACACCCUCGAGGUGGGGACCAGGAGCCCUUCUAGGGGGCCAGAGACUCCGGCCUGGUUCCCCGCCCGCCCCCCCGCGAGCGUCCUUGAGCCUCUCCGGGUGCACCCAACACUCCCUGCAGACUCGGCACGCCCCGCGGCCGCUGUGGACCUCAUGCAGACACGGGGCACUUGUGUUACUGAAUGCUCCAUGCGACAGGGGGGCCAGGCCGCCUCCCACCCCCGCUUCGCCCCCUCCGUCCUGGGGACAGACUGGGCUCCCCUCUCCGCUGUCCCUGGCUGGUGGCGGCAGUUCUGACCCAGACCAUGCCCCGUGCUCACUCGCACGGCCAGGAGUCCGUGUCAGAAUCAUGCCUCGCUCUGUGUCUGCGGGGACUUCUGAGAUGCACCCCUGGGGGCCCGCCAAGGGCCUUUGUCUGGGAUGGGGGAAGCUGGGGGUGUGUGAUAUGAAUUAAAGCAGGAACCCCCCGACCCCCCCAAACUCAUGGGAAGCAAGAUCAGUGAGAUGCCCAAGAGCCCCCAAGCACUGCGCUGCUGAGGAAUGUUCUGGAAUUGGCCUUCUCCUCCUGCCCCCCCUCCCCCGCCCGGCCAGUGCUGACCGUGGCCUUCCCAUGCCCUCUCCCGCACCCAGCCCCCCUCUCCAUCCUGCCAUAGCAGAAAAUGUCUUUCAGCCGAGAUUCUGUUUUGAUCACCACUGACAUCGUUUUCUCCAUGAAGGCCGCCCUGUGUACCUUCCCUAACCCACAGCCUGCUAACAUUGUCUUAAGGUGAAAUGGUUGUAAAAUCAGUAUUUAACUAAUAAAUU